CCGUAAAAUUGUGAAUUUCUGUGCAUUGAUUUGCUUUAGUAAGAGUCUUUGUUUCCCCCUCGUGCUAAUUUUUUGAAAUUUAUAUUUUUUUCUAAUGCAAGUUGCUUAAUAGGUAAGAACUAGAAUUGGAUGUUGGCUAAGAGCCUAAGACCUAUAACUGUAAAUCGUAAGCUAAUUAAGGUUCAGGUAGCAAAAUUGAGGAGUUUCAAAUUCAAUACUCUUUCUCAUCUCUAAUUCAUCAUCUUUGACCCGUGUGAAAGUGGAAAAAAACAAAGAUUGGGUUGGAAGGGCAUUUUUGUCAUCUACCUCCCGGGACGUGUUGUUGGCUUGGAUUGUGUUUUUCUGUGUCUGUCUCUUUCUAUCUGGCUUGUGGGGUAGUAAAAGGACAAGAUUGACCCUCUAUCAUUCUCUCUUUUAUACUCCUGUGUCUAUAAUUUCACUCUUUGUAUUGUAUGUUCUUUGGGAUUGGAUUAUCUUAUACCAGUGUAGCUUACCAUUAGUGCUUCAGUCCUGAAACCUUUCCCUGAAAGCUAUUUGUGAAAUUCUGCUCUCUCUUAGGUACCAGAAAAGUUGAAUAACUUUUUGGGGGAAGUAACACGGUCGCUUUCGAGUUAUUUGAGCCAUUGUUGUUCAUUUGGAACCUGCAAUGGGAAACAGUGAGGAAGAGAAAUCUAGUCAGACUGAAAAGACUUCUCCACCUGAGCAGGCCAAUAUUCAUGUCUAUCCUGACUGGGCAGCCAUGCAAAUGUAUUAUGGGCCGAGAGUCGCCAUACCACCAUACUACAACCCCGCUGUGGCUUCUGGUCACACUCCUCACCCAUACAUGUGGGGGCCUCCUCAGCCUAUGAUGCCACCUUAUGCAGCACUUUAUUCACCUGGAGGGGUUUAUACUCACCCUGCCAUUCCUAUUGAGCCACAUCCACACGGACAAGGAGUUCCAUCUUCACCUGCUACUGGGACACCUCUAAGUAUGGAGACGCCACCAAAAUCUGCAAAUUCUGAUCGGGAUUUGAUGAAGAAACUGAAAGGGUUUGAUGGCCUUGCAAUGUCAAUUGGGAAUGGCCAUACUGAUAGUACAGAGCUUAGAACUGAAAACAAGCUGUCACAGAGUGUGGAUACUGGGGGUUCUAGUGAUGGAAGUGAUGGCAACACUGCGGGGGCUAAUCAAACACCAAGGAAAAGAAGCUGUGAGAGAACACCAGCCACUAAUGAAGAAGGAAAACCUGAGAUGCAAGCUAAUCCAGUAACUCCAGCUUCCAAAGAGACUGCAGCUUCUAACAAGAACAUGACAAUUGCCCCUGCUAGUGUUUCAGGACAGUUAGUUGGAUCUGUAGUUUCUUCAGGCACCACUACGGCGCUAGAGCUGAGGAACCCUUCCAGUGUACAUUCUAAAACAAAUGCUGCAACUGCCCUGCAACCAGUAUUGCCUGCUGAAGCUUGGAUGCAGAAUGAACGCGAGCUGAAACGUGAGAGGAGAAAACAAUCAAAUCGAGAUUCUGCUAGAAGGUCCAGACUGAGGAAGCAGGCAGAGACUGAAGAACUGGCACGAAAAGUUGAAUCCUUGAGUGCCGAGAAUGUGUUGCUGAAAUCAGAAAUAAAUCGACUAACUGAAAGUUCUGAAAAGAUGAGGGUGGAAAAUGCUACAUUAGGGUUUUACUUUUUGAAUCAGGAAAAACUCAAAAACGCUCAGAUGGUACAAACAGAAGGGAUAAUAUUGAAGGGAAUUGAAAGCAAGAGUGCAACACCUAUGAGCACAGAGAACUUAUUAUCAAGAGUCAACAAUAAUUCGAGUUCUAAUGAUACAGGCGGUGAGGACGAGAAUGGUUUUUGUGACAGAAAAUCAAACAUUGGUCCAAAGUUGUAUCAGCUGCUGGAUACAAGUCCUAGAGCUGAUGCUGUAGCAGCUGGUUGAAAACUUUCCUUGUUGCAAGCACAAAAUUACUGCUAACACUCUGAGGGAUGGAUCAGCUGAAUUUUAGUAUUUACAUCCAUCGAAAACCAGAACUAAUUCUUCCUUCCUUAUAAUAAGUUAUUUAGGCAUAAGAGAAACUGUACUUUAUUAGAUUGACAAAGAAUGUGUGAUUUGAAGUUUGUAAUUGUAAGGUGAGGAGAGUUAGAAUUCUAGUUUAGAGAGGCUUGCUGAGCUGUCAUAUGAUUGGGUGUUAUUUAACGAGUGGUAUGGAACUUCUCAUGGUAUUUCUUACUUUGUUUUAGUUCGGUUUUCAUUUUCUUGCAACCAAUCACUUCAA